UCCUUCCCCCCCUUAUAUUAACCAUGCAAAACGUAUGCGCAUAAAUUUGCAUGUCUAACGAGGCCGGCCGCGCAGCGAGUGGGGUCGAUGCGUCCAAAAUGGCGGAGCGGGCCGGGCGAGGCGGAGGCGGCCGGCUGGACAAGAGCAUCACUUUGCCGCCGGACGAGAUCUUCCGCAACCUGGAGAACGCCAAGCGCUUCGCCAUCGACAUCGGGGGAUCGUUGGCCAAGUUGGCUUAUUACUCCACAGUGCAACAUAAAGUGGCCCGGGUGCAGUCCUUCGAUCAGUCGUGCAAGGACGUCGAACCCGAAUCUCCGUACGAAAUCACCGUCCAGGAGGAGAUCACGGCCCGGCUGCAUUUCAUUAAAUUCGAGAACACCUAUAUCGAAGCCUGCUUGGAUUUCAUCAAAGACCACCUGGUCAACACCGAAACGAAAGUGAUCAAAGCCACGGGGGGUGGUGCAUACAAAUUCAAGGAACUUAUUGAGAAGAAGCUGGGAUUAAAAUUAGAUAAAGAAGACGUGAUGACCUGUCUCAUUAAGGGGUGCAAUUUUGUCCUGAAGAACAUCCCCCAUGAGGCCUUUGUCUACCUGAAGGAUGCCGACCCCGAGUUCAGGUUUCAGAUGAACCAUCCUCACAUUUUCCCUUACUUGCUGGUUAAUAUUGGCUCUGGAGUUUCGAUCGUCAAGGUGGAAACGGAAGAUAAAUUCGAGUGGAUUGGCGGAAGUUCCAUCGGAGGCGGGACGUUCUGGGGCCUCGGAGCAUUGCUUACCAAAACCAAGAAGUUUGAUGAAUUGCUGCAGCUUGCUUCAAAGGGCCAACACACCAACGUCGACAUGCUGGUGAAGGACAUCUACGGCGGGGCGUAUCAAACCCUCGGGCUUAGCGGGAACCUGAUCGCCAGCAGCUUUGGAAAAUCUGCCACGGUGGAUAAAGAUUUUUCCAAAGAAGAUAUGGCCAAAAGUUUGCUGCACAUGAUCAGCAACGAUAUCGGGCAGCUGGCUUGCCUGCACGCCAAGCUCCACAACCUGGACAAAAUCUACUUUGGCGGCUUCUUCAUCCGAGGUCACCCCGUCACCAUGCGAACCAUCACUUACAGUAUUAACUUCUUCUCCAAGGGCGAAGUCCAGGCCUUGUUUCUGAGGCAUGAAGGCUACCUGGGAGCCAUAGGUGCUUUCUUAAAAGGAGCAGAGGAAGACAAUCCCAAUUUAUACAGCUGGGGAGAGAACUACGCCAGCAGUUCGGGCCUUCUGAGCACGUCGCCCGACGUUUGCCCCAUGCAGCGGGAACGAAGUGGCACCGUGAGUCUUCCCGGCAUAGUAAAAAAAAAAAAGCACCGCCUCGAUCCCACUCCCCUAAAUAUAGCUCUCCCCCCUCCUCCUCCCAGUUUGGUGGUUUCUAGUCAGGAUGAGUCCUGCCUAGAACAAUGGAAAACGGCCGGCCAGAACCUUCUGGCUCUUUGGACAGGAAACAUCUGCCUUCUGAGCAAGAAAAUCUCAGCAUCCCGCAGGGUUUUUUUCCCUACCCUGUUUCCCCGAAAAUACGACCGACCCUGA